GCAACCUAAAAAAGAAAAAGAAUCGGACAUCAAGAAUUAUCCAGUAACUCCAAUAAAUAAAUAAAAUAAUAAAAUAAUGGAAACGGGAGCUGUGAUGGAAACGGAAAGCAGGACAAAAUGAUGGGAACUUGGGGAGACGGUCAGCGGGGCAGUGACUCAGCGUCUACACACAGGGCCCAUACCACAUGGAGGCGGGCGAGCGCCGAGCGUCACUAAGAUCCAAACGGUACCGGUACUAGCGGCAAUGCGCAGUGCCGAGUGAUCAUUAAGCUUCCCGGGCCCGUACUUAUAAAGAGUAUGUUUCGCUUAUGUGAGGCAUAAAUCAAGAAAAUGGCGGACACCGAGACAUAAGGGAAGCAUAACCCUUAGGUUUCAACUAAGCGGAACAUGAACUGACUCGCCAGCUACGCGCGGGGUGGAGGUAACAUUGCAAUCCUUAGGUCGACCUAAGCGAGGCAUAACAGUCAAGAUGGCGGAGGUAGUGGGUGCGCGUCCGCGGCAGCUGAGGACUUUUUGGGCACGAAGAGACGUCCUUGAUGAACUUCCGGACCCGGAAUUGAUCAAGAGGUACCGCCUGGACCGUGCAGGGAUACUCUUCGUGACCGAUUUGGUGCGUGAGGCCUUGACUGCUCCUACAAACAGGAACCAAGCCCUCUCCCCUGAGAUGAAGGUCCUCGUAACACUGAGGUAUCUUGCUACGGGCAAAAUGCAGCAGUGUAGCAGCGACGACUUGGGGCCUUCACAACAGACCGCCAGCAGGGUCACCCGGGAGACUGUGUACGCCCUUGCACAGCCUCAUAUAGUGAGACGCUUCAUCAAGUUCCCCCUCACUGUGCAAGAAACUCAGGUGAAGCGGCGAGAGUUUGAGGAAAUUGCGGGAUUUCCUGGUGUGGUAGGGGCAGUAGACGGAACACAUGUGAGGAUUGUUGCACCCAAGGAAUUUGAGGCAGAGUAUGUGAACAGAAAAGGGCACCACUCUAUAAAUGUGCAAAUCGUAUGUGACACACACGGGAGAAUUUUACACCAAACUGCAAACUGGCCCGGGUCUGUCCAUGACGCACGUAUUUUGCGUGAAAGUGCUCUGUUCACAGGGUUCGAGAGGGGUAUGGUCCCUGCAGGAUGCCACUUAUUGGGAGACAGUGCCUACCCCUCCAAGAAGUGGCUCCUGACACCCUAUGUACGACCUCAGCCGGGCCCACAGUCCGCCUAUAAUAGAGCACACAAAAGGACAAGGAGCACAGUGGAGAGGGGGAUUGGCCAGUGGAAGCGGAGAUUUCAUGUGCUCCAUGGUGAAAUCAGAGUCAGCCCUCCUGCAUAUGUGUGUAGAAUAAUACAGGUGUGUGCUAUUUUGCACAACAUCUGCAAAGACAGACGCCUCCCUGUACCCGAGGAAGGAGAGAACGAGGGUGAUGGUGCAGUUCUUCAUGAGGACCCACCUGUCCCACUACCACCUGUACCUGGACGAGUUCGGGAAGGUCUGCUCUGCAGGGAUGAGUUUGUCAACUUUCACUUCAUUGACAGACCUCAACCUCAGCCUCGUGCAGCUGUGUGAGGCUUCCCAACCCAUCAACAGGUUAAUUCCACACCUACUUCCAACCUGCAGUUCAAGUUCCCUCUUCAGGCGGAUGAACUGCAGCUCCUCCUCAUCCACCAACAUGGUGCAGGUCCCAACUGGUGUACUGGAGGAAGCUGCAGUGGCAGGAACUACUGGUGGUGGUGUGGUGGUGGUUUGAGGUGUGUCUGUGCUGGGUUGGGGAGGGACAGGUGGUGUGACAUCCACCUGAAGACUCCUGGCAAAAAUACAUCCAUCAGUACCUGCACUCAUAAUUUUUUUGUGUUAUUUGACUUACAUCCCCAUUUAUGGAAACAAUACAGUUUAUGUUGAAAAGCUUUUGCAGGAAAGGAGUGUGUGUUCCAGAGGUCAUUUCUUUGGUGUUCUGCUGUUCAGUACGUAAUGCCUAUGUCGUUAAGGACAACUAGCAUUGUUCAUGAGUAAGCAGACCUGACCGAGGUCAGACAUGGGUCACGGCGCUCCGAAUGGAGUAGCCCGGGGCCAGCCUAUUGGCCUCUCCCCUGCCGCUCCAUCCCCCUCUCCCUUUUCAUCAAAAACCCAACAUCGUAAGAAACUAUUGUGACAUCAAGCUUAAUCAUGGUGACAGACAGUGAGUGCUAUGCGUUUGUGGUGCCGUGAAGACACUGAAGUUUAGAAAUGGUCAGUGUGACAUCGACACGGCCUUACUAUCCAGCCGACGUCCCAGGUGCCCCGAGGUACACCAGCCCGACCAUCAUGCUGCUGGGAGAACUCUGUUCAGCCGCCUCUACCUGCACCCCUGCCAUCAGCGGCGACCUGACCCUUUUUUGACCUCCUAUACCCCUUUCAUAUUGUAAUUUCCCAUUUUUUUCAAAUAUGUUUCAAAAUUUGUAUUUUAAAUGUGUAUAUUUUCAUCUUUACAGCUGCAAUCACUUAAUAGACCAUUUUAUUUUUAUUAUUACUAGGAAGGAUGUCUCAACACAUUAUCAAGUCAGCUCUCAAUAGCAAUUGAAUAAAUUUCUGUACACAUUGUU